AUGUCUGCCGAAUCUUCUGACAAGGCCUCGCCCGCCGAGUUUGAAUUGUUCUCGCAGUACGCCCAAGCGACUUACUGUGCCGCGUUAUUUGAUACGACUGUCAAUACGGCAGUCUGCACAAAUGGAAAAAGCCCCGUCUGCACAAAUUUCCAAGGGACAGUGACUGUCAAAGAGUUUACCAAUGCUCAGUUUGGUACUAUCGCAGGGUAUGUCGCGACAAACCCUAGCAAGAAGCACAUUGUCGUUGCUUUCAAGGGCACGGAUCCCAUGUCCUUGGUGGAUGUCCAAACAGACUUGGCCAAAAAUCUCGUUUCGGCUCAAGAUCUGUUCCCCGGGCAAUUGUGCGUCGGCUGCAACCUGCACAACGGGUUUAAGACGGCAUUUACCGGUCUCAAGGCCGACCUAGAGCAGACACUCAAGACCGAAUUGGGCAAGACUGGGCAGGAGUCCUACCGUGUAGUCGUUACCGGACACUCUCUGGGAGGUGCAGUAGCGACCAUCGCGGGAGCCUACCUGCGAACUCGAGGAAUCGCGUGCGACAUUUACUCGUACGGCUCGCCGCGCGUGGGCAAUCAAGAGUUUGCCGACCUGGUGACAAAAGACAGCAACUUCUCCGCGCGCAUCACGAAUGGCAAUGAUUUCGUGCCGGCGGUGCCAUAUGGUUCUCUUUUCAGGCUCGGAUUCUACGCCCACACUUACCCAGAGUACUGGUACAAGGACGGUCUCCUGGGAGCCCCAAAGGGAUAUGAGACGACCGUGACCAAGUGCAACAGCAAAGAGGAAUGUGCAGGUCCCACGUGUGGCAAAGCCCAAAAGAUCUUUGACUUUCUGCCGGCCAAAUUCACAUGCAGAGUCAGUGACCAUACAAAGUAUAUCGAUCCCGCGGUGCUGCCAUGCAAAGACGUUCGCAAGCCCAAGAGCAACGACCCCAAAGAUGCGCCCAUCACCGACGAGGAGUUCCGGAAGUUCCUGGAGGAGCAGGAGAAGGAUGGGGAGCAGAAGCAAGAGUAG